AUGGAGGUAUCUUAUCGUACGGCUUGGUACGGUAAAGAGCGUGCUAGAGAAUCUGUUCUUGGUGGUGAUGCUGAUUCUUAUGCUCAGUUAGUUUGGUUUGGUCAAAAAGCAGUGGAAUCAAACCCUGGCUCUACUAUCAAGAUUGAGUAUGAACCUGAAACUCACAGGUUUGAGCGAAUGUUUGUGUGUUAUGAUGCGUGGAUGAAGGGUUUUCAGUUUUGCAGACCCAUUCUAUUCAUUGAUGCUACCUUCAUCACCAACAAAUACAAAGGGCAGCUUAUUGGUGCAUCUGCCAAGGAUGCGAAUCAAGGUUUAUAUCCAGUUGCUUAUGCUAUUGUUGAUUCUGAAACUGAAAGUAAUUGGAGAUUUUUCCUUCAGUGUGUAUCUGAAGUGUUUUCAAGAUACCCUAUGAGGCAGGUGACAUUCAUUUCUGAUCGGAAUCCUGGUCUUCUUAGUGCCUAUCCGCAUGUCUUUCCCAAUAAUCCACAUGGUUUUUGUUUUAGGCACCUUGUAGAAAAUCUCUCCAAAAAGUAUCCAAGUCAGUCACCCCUUCAUAAAUCUGUUCCUUAUUUGUUCAUGUGUUGUGCUUAUUCUCGCACCCCGGACUCAUAUGAGACCAACCUUGCAAAAUUGAAGGAGGAAGGGGGUUCUAUUGUUGAAGAUUUUCUAAAGGACCUUCCCAAGGAGAGCUGGUGUUUGGCUUUUUUUUAUGGGGAGAGGUUUGGUGAAAUGACCAACAAUUUGGCCGAGACUUUUAACAAUUGGGUGGUGGAUUUGAAGAGUCUUCCUAUUUAUGAUCUGAAUGAAGGUAUUAGAACCAAGUCUAUGGAGAGAAUUGCUGAGCGGAAAGAAGGGUCAAAGGAAUGGGUCACUGUUUUGUGUCCAAACAUGGAAAAGAAAUUAGAUUAA